AGAAACUGCAAUGCGUUUGAGCUCUUGACCUUACACAACUUCAUCUUCUGCAACUCGCAGUCUCUUCAUCAAUGGCGGCGGAUUCAAGUGUAGAUCAUAGCCAAGAAGGCCCAAUUAAUGAUGUCUUUCAUGAUAGAGAUACUAUGAACCCCCAAUUUGGGACACUCUCAUGCCCAAAGGUAGAAAAAGCUUCAGCAGCCAUUGAUGCUCAGUCAAACUGUCGAAGCCAGAUAAAACAGAAGAUGAAUAAUGCUGAAAAUCAUGCCACAUACAUAGAUGUGGAUAUUGAGAAAGGGAAGCUGGAGGGCCCUAAAGCUGACUUUUGUGGUGAAAUUAGUGGGAACUUGAAGAUGGAGGAUUCUUUAGCAAGAAUGGUGCAUAGAGAGAUUACAUCUAUGUUGGGAGGAAAGUUGAUGCAGUUGUUGAUGAAUAACAACUUUGAGUUGCCCAAGUUAUUCUCAAGAGAUAAAAGCAUGAAUGAGAGAUGCUAUGAUAUGGCUACCAACAGAUUGAGGAAAUACAAGCGCUCAGCCUCUUUCAGUUCAAGAAGAGUGGUUCUCCUCUUCUCUAUUCUGUCGAGCAUGGGGACACUUGUACUAAUAUAUCUAACGUUGAGAGUCAGACAGAUUGCUGAAAGUGGUAACAUUUGAUUCAAUUUUUUUCCACAGCAGCUUCGUCUUAGCUGAGGCAUGUCCCUUAAAGCUUAGCUAGGAUUGUACCUUUUUCCUUUCUUUUUUUUCCGGCUGUGUUUUCUUUAAGAAAGGUAAGGGUUUUCCUUAUUGUAAAUAUAAUAAUAAUUCAAAUGUGAGUUCUGAUGGGUGAUUUUACUUUGAGUUUUGCAAUCCCUCAUGGAAGAUGGGCCCAAGUGCUGGUCCACCAUUUGAGGGGUUGGAUCAGAACUUUAAAUAGGCACAUGCCUCAUGAUCGGUGCCCCCUCAUCCCA